AUGCUUCGAUCCUCUUCACCCUUUUCUGAUCAUGAUGAUAACACCGACAAUGCUCUGCAAGAAGAAUAUGAAAAACUUUUGUCUCAACUUCGUGUCGCCAAAGCUGAAAGGAUUAAAUACAUUAACCAAACAAAUUAUCAGCUAGCGAAGUGCGAGAAUGAAUUCAGAUGGCUUCAGCAAGAAAAUGAAAACUUAAAACUUGAACUUUCACUAAUUGAAAGUGGCGAAAACAAGAGGAAAGAUGCAAAAGUCCUUGACGGACUUAAAUCGUCCGCAGAUACAUACGAAAAUUUAGUUCGCCAGCUGGAACAACAUAAGCAGAUAUUAUUUGCAUUAGAUAUUGACAUUAAAAACUGCGAAAACCGGCUGAAAAAACUUCGUUCGAAAGAAAAACUUAAUCUCGCCGAACUAACCACAAAACUGAAAACUAAAAUGCAAAUAAUUGAAAACAAACUAGAGAAAAAAGAAUAUACGACAUCAAAACAGGCGAGAGAAAUCGCGGAGCAGAGUCUGCAUACCGCUCGCGCUGAACUGACAAUAAUUCAGUCGGAGGUCGAAGGUCUCUUUCGUGCCGCCCAGUUGCCACUGGAGGCUGUCACCGAUCCACUCCUGCCUUCUGAGAGCACAAUCGGCCAGGAAAAUCUACUGUUGUAUCUAACCGCUGUGGAAAAACGAAUUGAUGAUUUACUAAAGUUGCGAGGACUUCUGGGAAAGGAGGCAAGUGGGGAGAUAAAUGAAACUGAGAGUUCCAGAACUUCUGAAAACGAAACGCCCCAGUCUACGCGGAAGAGCAGCGUGUUUUCUCUUCCGUCUGCGCGCGAUGAUGCAGGAAACCUAUCAGAUGAUUCAGGAGCCGAUCUUCGACUUUUGACGCACGAGGAAAUAAACCGAAUAAUUAUCAAGGAAUAA